GUGCGAGGCAAAGUAAAGAGCAACGCCUUCACAUUGGAUUACGCGCAGUUUUACUUUAGACCGGAGCCAAUUAGUGGCCAACAGCAACAACAGCAACUACAGCAGCAACUAGCGCUACAGCAGACGCAGCAGACGCAACAACAGCUGCAGCUGCAGCGACAGCAACAGCAGCAAGUGCAGCAGCAAUUGCUCGCCCAACAGCAGCAGCAACUGCAGAUCCAACAACUUCAACAGCAACUGCUGCUGCAACGGCUAGAGCGUGAGUUGCAGCAGCAACAACACCAACAGCAGCUAGCCCAACAGCAGCAGCAGAUUCUCUACCAUCAGCGACAGCACUACGGCCGACAUCGCUGGCUCUCGGGCAGCAACCACUACAAUUACACGCCCCUGCACCAACACCAGCAGCAGCACCACCACCAUCAGCAGCAGCAGCAGCAGCAACAGUACAGCUAUUACUUCAGUCGCGGCAGCAGCAGCAGCAGCGGGCUGGGUCUGGGCCUGGGCUUGGGCUUAGGUUUCGGUCUGGGCGGCAGCAAUCUAGCCAGCUGGUACCAUCUGCCGUCGACGUCGGCGCACAUUUACAUCGGCAGCAGCAGCACUGGCGGCGCUCCCUAUCCAUAUCGGCUGGGAUACAGCGGCGGGGGCUAUCCAGCAGCGGCGCUGAUCAACUUUGAGACGUCGCCCACACCGCUGCUCUCGUCCACGGGCAGCUCGCCUGGGUACUUGCCGCCACUGCCGGCCCCGGCACUGCCACCGCCACCACCGGCGCCCAGCGUAGCCACCGAUUACUACUUCAGCAGCAGCAGCAGCAACCGGGCGCCCGCCAUAGUCAGAGCCGAGCCGUUCCAAGAGUACACAGCGGCGGCGGUUGCAGCAGCGGAGGAGGAGCUACAAGCUGGCGGCUAUCGUUACAAGGCAACGCCACGCCGGCGAUACGACGCCUACGACAACUACGGCUAUCUGCCGGGCCUUGCCAGCACUACCGAGGACGAGGACGACCUGCUUGAGGAGUGCCUGCCGGCGGCCCUGCUAUCCACGGACUGCGAGAGUCUCGAGGACGUGCGCUUUCUUGAAUACAACAGCAACCACCACCCAGAGUACUACGACGAGGACGACGAAGAGGCCCAGCUGGCGCACAUACUCGAUCUUGACCUGCCCGAUUUUCUGCGCCCUUACAGCAGCAGCAGCGGCGGCGGCGGCGGUAGCAGAAACAGCCACAAGACGCCGCCACAACACGAAUACCAAACGGAGCACGGCGGCGCAGCCGGAGCAGGGGCCAGCGGCGGGGGUGACGGAAGCGGCGGCGGGGGAGGAAGAGGCAGCGCAACAGCAGCAGCUAGUGUUAAUCAGACGCAUCGCGAAACGGAACAGCAACGCUACCAUCACUACCAGCAGCAGCAGCAGCAGCACCAACACCAGCAGCAGCAGCAAUAUCCUUACCAGCAACAUCAGCACCAGCAACAGCAGCAGCUGCAGUCGCAGCAGCAACAGGCCUAUCAGUCCUACCAAUACCCCUCGCACGACAGCUGUGAGGGCUUCAAUCAGUUCGCCAACGACGCCAGCAGCUGCCUGGGCAAUCAGAGAAUGAUGGUUAGCAAGUUGUGGAACAGCUGCUUUCCGGAGUUUACGCCGGAUCACGUACAUCGGCAUAACUUCUACCUGUGCCAGUGGCAGCGCAAUACUCAGGUGCGCAUUGUGUACCUGUUCUAUCGCUGGAUAACGGCGAUAACGUGCUUGGCAGCCCUGGUCUGCUCACUACUGGACAUUGGACGCACCGACGAGCACUUCGAGCACCACUAUGCCAAGUGGUGGAUCUACCUUACCCACUGGGGGCUGCUCUUCUGCACUGUGCAGGCAUGGCUGGCCGCCUGGAUCGUCACCCAGGGCAUGAUGGUCGAGCGCGAGGACUUUGAGAUUGUGCGGCAGGCGAAGAAGAGCCGCCUGCACCACCUAUACUGGGUGCUCUACACCUGCGCCACGGUCUACGCCUUUAUUGUAACAAUGUGCUACUGGCUGCUCGUCCACAAUCCCGAUAUCCACAAGAUUGACGCAUUGAACAUCAUGGUGCACGUAUUGAACUCCAUCAUAAUGCUCAUCGAUCUGGCCAUUGUGGGACAUCCGAUUAAGAUGAGCCACGCCUACUUUACAACUGGCAUUGGACUGGCCUACGCCAUUUUCACGGGCAUUUACUUCUUGGCCGGCGGCACAGACAGGAAAAACCAAACUGCCAUCUAUCCGAUGAUGGACUGGACCAAGCCGGGCAAGGCCAUCAUUGUGACAGCCUGUGCCAUCAUUUUCACGUUCUUCGUGCACUUCUGCUGCUAUCUGCUCUACCGCGGACGCGUCUGGCUGUUCACCAAGCUGUGCAUUCGAGGUCGCCACAAUCGCGACGGCGAGAUGGGCGAAGGGCUCAACGACGAUUCUGGCUCGCGCAUGGGUGGGGGCGGCGGUGGCAUUGGCGGUGCGGCUACUGUAGUGGGCGGCGGCGGCAGCAGCCAGGACUAUGCCCAUCAGCAGCAAUAUCCCAUUGCGCACACGGAGCAGCCGCGGGCCAUUUCACAGCAGCCGCCAGCCAGCUACCAGCUGCCUCCACAGUACUCGGGCUAUCUGCAGCAGCCCGUGGUCGCCGGGGUCAAUGUGGGCGUGGUCAGUGCGGAUGGGGUCUAUCAGCCGAUUGGCACGGACUCGGGCCGUACGAGCGGUGGCGGAGGUGGAGGUGGAGGCGGAGGCGGAGGCGGUGCUGUCGAUGUCACCAGCAAGCACAAGAGCUCUGGCACCGGCACCGGCUCCGGCUCUGGCUCCGGUUCCGGCGCUGGCUCGGCCUUGACACGUACUGUCGCCCAUUUGGAUGCGGCACAGCGGGAGCAGUUCCUCAAUCCCAACAAGAUCGUCGAGUAUAAGAUGUAAAGGCGUUGUACCCGGCACCGGUAUACGUUCCGCUUGUCCAUGAAGUUUCUGGAGAAGCACUGUGCGCAAUGCGAGGCGGCACGUCAGGCCGUCAGCGAGGAGCAGCGCCAUCUGGCGUCGGCCGACACGCAUGCGCACAGUGGUUAGUUUAAGAUUUGCUUUUGCCGUUUGAUUUCCACGCCCAGUCCCGGCCGGGCACUGAUGGCAAUGUGUAGCCUGUAUUUGGUAUUCGUAGACUGUAAAUGUAGUUUCGUAAUUUUGUAAAAGCUUUGCCAGCUGCAGCCUACAGUAGUAAUUCGUUUUGUGCGCAAGCGCGCACAACUGCGUUAGCUCGCUGCUAAAGAAACUUAGAGAGAUAUUUUAACUAUUGAUGUAUGUAGUUGUCGUAUCCUGUAUAGAGUAUAGACAGACUCAUCGAUUUUGA